AUGAGCGAAUCGGGUUCACCGAAAAUCGACGCCGACCGACCGAGCACCUCGCAAGCUGGUGUAAAGAUGCCCGAGAAUGCCGCAGUGGCUCCGACCGCCGCCGCCGACAAUGCGACAAGACAAGCUGACAUGAUCGAUUUGCUGGCGAAAGAGGCCGAAGAGCUGAGGAAAAAGUUGGAUUUGGAACGGCAAAAGUUGAACGACAUUCCGAUUCAACAAGCCGCUGAAAGACUCGAUCCUCUGCAGAAUCUCGGAAUUAAGCAGCGGAGAAUUCUGAAGGGACACGCCGGGAAAGUGCUUUGCAUGGAUUGGAGUACCGACAAGAGACAUAUUGUGUCCUCGAGUCAGGACGGCAAGGUGAUCGUUUGGGACGGUUUCACGACGAACAAAGAGCACGCGUUGACGAUGCCGACCACUUGGGUGAUGGCUUGUGCAUAUUCGCCGAGCAGUCAGAUGAUCGCUUGCGGCGGUUUGGACAACAAAUGCUCUGUCGUUCCGCUUUCUUUCGAGGACGAUAUUUUGCAAAAGAAGAGAAGUGUGGCCACGCAUACGUCUUAUAUGUCUUGUUGUAUGUUCCUGCGAUCCGACAACCUUCUGUUAACUGGAUCCGGUGACUCAACGUGUGCAAUUUGGGAUGUAGAAAGCGGGCAAAUGAUCCAAAAUUUUCACGGGCACACUGGAGACGUUUUUGCGGUCGAUGUGCCGAAGCAGGACACCGGAAACAUCUUUAUUUCAGCGGGCGCUGACAAGCACACUCUCGUCUGGGAUAUUCGAUCUGGGCAAUGCGUGCAAUCUUUUGAAGGACAUGAAGCGGACAUCAACACUGUUAGAUUUCAUCCUAACGGCGACGCUUUUGCGACUGGAUCUGAUGAUGCGUCGUGCCGUCUCUUCGAUUUGCGCGCGGAUCGUCAAGUGUGCGUCUACGAGAAAGAAUCGAUCCUUUUCCCGGUGAACGGCGUUGAUUUCUCGUUAUCGGGCCGAAUCCUCUUUGCCGGCUAUGGGGAUUAUCGCGUCGGCGUCUGGGACUCGCUGAAGGUGGUUCGACACUCGGUACUUUACGGGCACGAGAAUCGGAUUAGUUGCCUGCGAACGUCGCCCGACGGGACGGCCAUCUGUUCGGCCAGCUGGGAUUGCACAAUUCGGAUCUGGGCC